UUACACUCGCUUAGACACACACUGCAGCAUGUGAUAGCCGAAUCUAUAGGCCUUAAAUGCAAGCUACCCGCUUUGUGGCUCUGUUCCAAUCCAACGCAUUACAUUUUGAAGUUUAGUUUACCUGUGGUUCGAGCGGGAGACAGGUGUUGUCGUCGAAGCGUUUAUAGGCCAACCCGUAAUACUUGUAUUAGUUAUUUUGUAGCAAGCCACCCAGAAUGGAGCAGUGGAACAAUGUGGAGCUGACAAACAUGUCCAAAAAGUCAUACACACUGAAUCAUGCCUAUAAUAUGGCCGAAAAGCUCAACAAGGAGAAUGCUGCUGCUGUGACUUCCAAUGGUAAUGGCAGCAACGACAGUAUCCCAGCUAAGGAGCAACCAGAAAGUUCGCUCCUAAAGCCUGGCUCUGAUGUGAGGCCAAAAGUGGAGCCGGACGAUGUGGAGAGCCUGCUGCGACGACUCUAUGGCAUCACAGUGAGCGAAGUCAAGGAGAUUCUGGCUUACGAUGAUCGUAACUUUUUGAUCCAUGAAGACAGCAAUGUAAAGAAUCCCCUGAUUGUGUCCCACUGCCCCAAUGGCUAUGUCCUGAAGAUAAUGAAUUCGUUGGACUCCAAGAAAGAAGACGUUGUUGAUGCACAGAAUCAAGUGAUGCUCUAUCUAUCUAAAAAACAAAUAAAGUGUCCCCGUCCUAUUGCCAAUGCCAGCGGCAAGUAUUAUUCGGUGGAAAAGCUAAGUGGCACAGCCCAUGUGGUGCGCCUCUUGGAGUUCGUUCCUGGCCAAAUAUUCCGCGAAGUUCCCAUCACAAAAUAUCUGCUGUUCCAAAGCGGCGAAUACUUGGCGAAAUUGGACAGAACUCUUAAGGAUUUUACCCACGAAGCGUAUGUAAGGCACACGACCACAUGGCAGCUGCAGAAUGUACCGGGCGUGAGGGAGUUUCUGUUUGCCGUCAAGGAUCAGGAGCAUAAGGCAUUGUGUGAGGAGGUGAUCGAUGCCUUCGAGUCGAAGGUAUUGAGUGUGGUGUCCACCCUGGAGCAUCAGAUCAUCCACGGCGACUUCAAUGAGUCGAAUAUUGUGAUUGAACCAGCACCAAAUCAGACGGACCACAACAUCAAGGGCGUAAUUGACUUUGGGGACGCGAGCAACUCGCCGCUUCUCUUCGAAGUUGGCAUUGCCUUGACCUACAUGACGCUGGAGGCGAAUGAUUUGGCCAGCGGUGGUAUCUUUCUGGCCGGAUACACCAGCAUAAAGCCCAUCAGUAGCACAGAGCUGGGAUAUCUAAAGUAUUGUGUGGCUGCUCGUCUUGUCCAGAGCCUGGUAAUGGGCCUGUACACGCACAGCUUGCAUCCCACCAACGAUUACCUGCUGUCCACCCAACAAGACGGCUGGAAGCUGCUCGAGACACUCUGGAGGGAGAGUUUUGAAUCCGUAGACGAACUGUGGUCGACAACCGGCCAUCAGUACUUGACGCAAAGCAAUAAAUAAAUAAUAGAAGAAUAAUGGUCAAUUAAAUAUUACUUUUAUCCGAUAUAUUAUUAUCAUAAUCUUUACAA